AUUAUUUUAUCACGUUAUUUUGUUGCCCAUAUGUAUCAUAUCCAGGGUAUUACUUGCAAAUAUGACAUUGUUUUUAUGUUUUCACUUAUGUAAAAUAUUUCUUUCGAUAGCAUUUUGUAUUUCCUACAUUUACAAAUUUAAAAAGGAACCACUUUUAACACAUUUCAUCGUUUUCCCCACUAGCUGUAAGUCUACUCUGUCCAACUUAGGCAUUCAAAGUUCCACUAAAUGUACCUCCUACACAGAAGAGUUCUUAUCUCGAAACUGGCGUAUUCUUUUCAAAUUGGAUAUGAAUCAUCUUAGGGACAAGAGGGAUAUACAUUCUAAAUACAGGACUCUGAAACCCUUAGGGACAGGACAAAAAUACCAUUAGUCUUUCAAUUUUCAAAGAUCGUCACUAGUCGGAGCCCCAUAUUUGUGGAGAAAACCUAAAUGCAUAACCUGAAAGCAGGAAGGCCUCUGCCAAAAUAAUUUAAUUGUAAAUUUCAUGAUUCCGGGGAAAUGGGCUUUUGUAGCAGGGUGCGACCAAAAUGUUUGGGUUGUUUUUUUUUUUGUUUUUUUUUUUCUCACCUGAGCCAAAGGUUUGAAGUCUGUUCAAUGCAGGGGCCCCAGGGAUACUUGAUAGGGCCACAUUAAGUUAUAUAUGGGAAUAUGCAGAAAAUCGAUUAGAAUAAAGACUUUUAAGACAGGUAGGGCCAAGCAAAUGUUCCUAAGUUGUGUGAAGUUAGGUGGGGGCAUAUUUGUUUUGUCCUGGCUGUCUGUCUGUAAAUUUAAGCAAUUUCAAUCUUGUUCAUAACUUUUGAAUGAUGAGCAAUAGGGUUACUUAGUAUAAUAUUUAAUAUCUACACUCCUUGUGACAAUACCUUUUAAUGGCAGUAAAGAUUUUUACCUAGUGACCUUGAUGUGUGAGUUUGUCCUUGUGACCUUGAUGUGAGAGUUUGGUGUGGUUUAACUUGUCUGCGGAACGUGUGCCAUGCACCGGUACUUCUCACAUAACCCUAUCUCAUUCAACUGCAACCUGUACUUCUCACACAAUCUGCUUCUUUCAUCAUUUGUUUUACUAAACACGGAAGGAUGGAUGGUGAGCGUUUAAGUUCUACUUUGUGCAAAAGGAGACUUUCAUAUUCAUAUUCCUCUUAUUCUCCUUAUCCAUUCUGUUAAUACAAGAAAGAGGGAAGGAAAUCACCAUACAGAUAAGGAGUGUAUGCGCUCAUCACAGACACUGUUCACGAUAACAGAAUCUGGGCUUGUCAAAAUUAUAAUUACACGAAGUUACGAAUCAAAUUCAGAGGGUGAGAGAUGGGAAACAUUGCAUACCUAUUCUCUGUAUUAACUGGGGUGGUAUGUUUUGUACAAGCCCAGACCUUUCAAAUAAGGAAAGAAUUUAUCAACGGCAAUUUGAAAUUGACUUGGACGAACUUUUCCACACAUCUUAAUUUUAAUGAUAUAACAGUCACAAAGGAUGGACUAGUGAGACUAUGGGAACAAAUGGAUGGCACUAAGAAUGCAUGGAAACGAAUCGUUGAUGACCAGUACACAGUAGAAGAUGUCUGGAACUAUAACUCUGUAAAUAUUACAAUUCGGGAAUACACAGAGUCCUCUGUCUUUAGUGACUACAAAUUGAAUUACAACGUCUUACGAGUUGAUUCUCAGGAAGGAGAAACAAAGAAUCUAUCAUGGAUGGAGGCCUUCUUUCCACGAAGCUGGGAAUACAAUAUCUUUCAUUUUUAUGAUAGCUCGAACAAAACAGUCAUUCAGGUGCGAGGGGAUGGUGCUACCUCAAUUAAUGCUGAAAAAUAUGUUUACCACAGCAGACCCUUCAAUUCCACCAACGUAGUCUUUGAGGUGAAGAACAUAACGUUAAUGGACGCGGGAUAUUAUGGAGGCGGUACUACACAGAUUAAUGCCAGACGUGGGCAGGGCGUAAUUCUUGUUGUGAGAGGAAAACCAACAAAACCAGAGAUAGCAGGAAUCCUGAAGGUAAACGAAACCAGUGACGUCAUAUUGACUUGCUCCAGUAAUUCCACCUCACGUCCGUCAUAUUACAGAAAAACUGUAUCCUUAAGGUAUAUCUGGUACAGGAACCACACCGUCAUGCAUUUAGAGACCGGGAUGACGCUUAGAUUACCCAGGAUUUCUAGAGACGUCAGAUUUAACAAGUAUUCGUGUCAGGCGAAGGAAAGUAUUGUGUCCGAAAAAAGUGAUGCCAUCAAGAUAAAUAUUUUGUAUGGCCCCAGCAGUGUCACGAUUAACCCUAAGCUUCCGGUAAAUAAGACAGUGUCUGUAAAAGACGGGAACUACAUCGGACCGUAUCACUGUUCUGCUGACUGUAACCCGCCCUGUAUCAUUAAGUGGGAGUACAAACUCUCCAGUGGAACGUUCCGAGACGCAACAUCGGAUGGAGGAACGUUGGUACAGCAACGGGUAUUUAAGGACAAGGUUUUGUUCCGGUGUGUGGCAAGGUCAACAUUCUACAAAUCAUUGCGUACACCAAUCAAGCUGUAUAUAAUGUACUUAUCUGAGCCCAGUUUGAAUGUAAAUGGAAAACAGAAAUUCGUGGAUAUCAGGGAGAGGGAACCGCUAACUUUGUCCUGUGUAGUCGACGGAAGGCCAACUCCCAGCAUCACCAUCAGCAGAUAUCAACAGAUGGAAGUGAUGGAAAGCAAAAUCACCAAUGCGCUGAACGUAUCAAUACCGGAAGUACAAUGUUCCGACGCAGACAUCUACAGUUGCACAGGAAGUUCGGAGGGAUUUGUUAGCAAUCAUAAGGAAGUUACUGUUGGUGUUCUUUGUAAGACAAGGAUUGAUGUUAAGCCAUGGUUUAAAGCUAACUACGGAACCAAAAGUGAAAAUGGUGUGAAAGUGAUUGUGAAUGCCCCAAUCAUUUCCUAUCCCAAACCUUCUCCAAAUUUGAUUUCCUGGUCAGGACCAACAUCAGCUGAUAUACAAAAUGAAAUCAAAGAAAGAGGAGAUGUCAUUUAUAAUCACUGGAUCACCAGCACCAUUCCUGUCAACGACCAGACAUAUUUUGGAAAAUACACCCUGAGUUAUGACGGAGAAGUCAUCUACACCAUUACAAUAGAUGAUGAAGGAAUACCUAAACCACCGUUGAACUUCACUGCCUACUCCUACACCAGUGGGUAUAUCAACCUGACCUGGACAUCAGACUUCAAUGGAGGACCAGAACAAUUCUUUAUUUUAUCACGGAAGGAUGGAGCUGUAUGGAUAGAAGUUGUCAAUAUAACAGAUCCUGGGGAAGGUGACAUGGGAUAUUAUGACCCAGGUCUUUUAAACCCAGGUCGAGAAUACUGGUACCGGUUGGAGAGUUGCAAUAGAAUUGGCUGUUCUGUUCGUGCUGUGGAGGUGAAGGUCACAGUAUUAGAUUGUGAAAAGGGGUACUAUCUGGAUGUUAAGAACCCAAAGGGACAUUAUCGAAAUAACUCUGACUGUUGGCCUUGUGGAAACUGCAGAGAUAGUCUACCCUGUAACACGACAACAGGCCAAUGUUCUGACGGAUGCAAAACCAAUUACAAACCGCCCUACUGCACAGAAGUGAUUACAUCUGACAAUGCGAGUACUAUCCAACCAACAACGGUCGUUAUUAUGGCCCUUUCCACAGUUUUGGUUGUUGCUAUAGCAACAAUUGUUGGGAUGGCUUUCCGACAAAGAUCAAAGAGACGAUUGGAGUACAAGCGAUCGCAACGCAAGAAUGAACGCGACACGACCAUGAACGCCGCUCAGCAGCGACUGGAAGGGGACGGAGGACCUGAGUUCCCAUUAGCAGAGUAUGACAAGAUCGACACAACAAUCGAUGAACACAUUUACGAUCAGUUCGGUCUCUCGACUGAAGACUAUUACCAAAACAUCCGAGCCGGUUCAAACAGAGUUCCCGCUCCUUGAAUGCGUGAUGUAUUUCAGAUAUAUAUGUUAACAAUUCAUUUUCUCUUGUAUAACAAAAUCUGUUUUUCAUUAGACUUUAUCAACAUUUCGUGUCGAAUAAGUUCAGCUACCUGUAUGUCGCGCCAUAUGACGUCAUAUGAACGGCGCAAUAAUAUGUUUUGAUCAUUCGUUUCCAUCUUUUGCUACCAAAAUAUUGCUCCACUUCGUAUGAAAGUAAACUUUUCAUCAUGAAUACAUUAAAUAUAAUUUUCUUAAUUAUAUCAUAAAGAUUGAAAGUGAUUUCUAUUUUAUUUCAUACGAUAUGAAUUAAUUUGAGGGUAAUUUACGCUCUUCUGCGGUUUAUAAAUGUAAUACUGGCAUGUAAAUUCUCAACAUCAGAUCUAAGUAGAAAUUACGUUCACUCACUUCAGACUGUCAUAAAAUACAGUGUCACAAAUAUAAUGCAAUACUUCAAAUCAGGAUAUUUAUAUCCACAUCGAAUUACAUUUCACUAUGUAUUCCUUCCGGGAGUUUUUCAAAGUUUAUCUCUGUAUCAAAUAGAAAAUAGUCAAUGUAACAUCCUAAUGAUAAAGUGAUUAUCUAAAAUCACUAAUAUGUAUCAUCGUAUUGUGGUCAUCACGAGGGUCAACAAGGCUGGUACAAAGUCUUCUUGUACAUAAAAACGUUCUUUAAUGUAUGGUUUACAUUUGUUAUUUUGUUUAGUUUAUAUCUUAAAGAAUGAUUUUGUAAAUAGUUUUACUAGUUUAUAUGAUUGUUUAUUUUCCUGCAACAUGUGUAUAUAGAUUUAUCUACCGCUCUGCAUUUUCAUUUCUAAAGAUAACUUUUUCUAUUUUUUUUUUUUUUUUGUACAAUCUUUGGCACAAAAUAUUGAUUAAAUGAAUAAUCAGCAAACAGUUGUAAAAUUGUUCUAGGCCACCAGGGUUUGUCCUCAAAAGAAAAGUCAUCCAUUAAAAGCUUCCAUAU